AGAAGCCGCAGUCCCGGCGGCUAGGGUGCAACGCGGGAGCACAGUGGAGCGCAGAUCGCGAACCCGAGCGGGCAUGUCCCCGCGCGCUGGAGCCUCCGUUUGCCGCCGGGCCCGGGCGGCUGUGAACUUAGCAGCGGGAUCCUGCGGCCCCGUCACUGCCAUGUAGUCGCCGGCGGGGCUCCCUGACGCCCGGGAGCGGCAGUGCCAGUGAGCCUGAGCCCAGGAGCCCGUGUCUUCCCCGGGAGGCGCUGAGUGCGCGCCGCGCCCCCGCCGCUCGGGAGACACUUUGGGCCAGACAGGGAAAUGGGGGAGAAAGUUUCAGAGGCGCCAGAGCCGGUGCCCCGCGGCUGCAGUGGCCACGGCAGCCGGACUCCAGCCUCUGCGCUGGUCGCCGCGUCCUCUCCGGGUGCUUCCUCGGCCGAGUCCUCCUCGGGCUCAGAAACUCUGUCGGAGGAAGGGGAGCCCGGCGGCUUCUCCAGAGAGCAGCAGCAGCCGCCGCCGCCGCCGCCGCCGUCGGGAGGCGCCCUCGGCGCCCGGCAGCCCGCCGCAUGGGCUCCGGCAAGCGUGCUGCUGGAGCGCGGAGUCCUUGCGCUGCCGCCACCGCCCCCCGGAGGAGCUGUGCCGCCCGCGCCCCGGGGCAGCAGCGCGUCCCAGGAGGAGCGGGACGAGGAGCUUGACCAUAUAUUAUCCCCUCCACCCAUGCCGUUUCGGAAAUGCAGCAACCCAGAUGUGGCUUCUGGCCCUGGAAAAUCACUGAAGUAUAAAAGACAGCUGAGUGAGGAUGGAAGACAGCUAAGGCGAGGGAGCCUGGGAGGAGCCCUGACUGGGAGGUACCUCCUUCCAAACCCGGUGGCGGGACAGGCCUGGCCGGCCUCUGCAGAGACGUCCAACCUCGUGCGCAUGCGCAGCCAGGCCCUGGGCCAGUCGGCGCCCUCGCUCACCGCCAGCCUGGAAGGGCAGCCUCCGAAGAGCCAUUUCAACUCAGCCCGACAUCGCCAGAGACUAGUGGACCCAGCUGCUUCAAAAAAGGAGCUGAGUCUCCCCAGAAGAGGAAGUUUUUGCCGAACAAGCAACCGGAAAAGCUUAAUAGGCAAUGGGCAGUCACCAGCAUUGCCUCGACCACACUCACCUCUCUCUGCUCAUGCAGGAAAUAGCCCUCAAGAUAGUCCAAGAAAUUUCUCCCCCAGUGCCUCAGCCCAUUUUUCAUUUGCACGGAGAAAUGACAGGACUGAUGGACGCCGCUGGUCGUUGGCUUCUCUCCCUUCCUCUGGCUAUGGGACAAACACACCCAGCUCCACGGUCUCUUCAUCCUGUUCCUCCCAGGAGAAGUUGCAUCAGUUACCAUACCAACCAACACCAGACGAGUUACACUUCUUAUCGAAACAUUUCUGUACCACCGAAAGCAUCGCCACUGAGAACAGAUGCAGGAACACGCCGAUGCGCCCCCGUUCCCGAAGUCUGAGCCCUGGACGUUCUCCCGCCUGCUGUGACCAUGAAAUAAUUAUGAUGAACCAUGUCUACAAAGAAAGGUUCCCAAAGGCUACAGCUCAGAUGGAAGAACGUCUAAAGGAAAUUAUCACCAGCUACUCUCCUGACAACGUUCUACCCCUAGCAGAUGGAGUGCUUAGUUUCACUCACCACCAGAUUAUUGAACUGGCUCGAGAUUGCUUGGAUAAAUCCCACCAGGGCCUCAUCACCUCACGAUACUUCCUUGAAUUACAGCACAAAUUAGAUAAGUUGCUACAGGAGGCUCAUGAUCGUUCAGAAAGUGGAGAAUUGGCAUUUAUUAAACAACUAGUUCGAAAGAUCCUAAUUGUUAUUGCCCGCCCUGCUCGGUUAUUAGAGUGCCUGGAAUUUGAUCCGGAAGAAUUUUACUACCUAUUGGAAGCAGCAGAAGGCCAUGCCAAAGAAGGACAGGGUAUUAAAACCGACAUUCCCAGGUACAUCAUUAGCCAACUGGGACUCAAUAAGGAUCCCUUGGAAGAAAUGGCUCAAUUGGGAAACUACGAUAGUGGGACAGCAGAAACACCAGAAACAGAUGAAUCAGUGAGUAGCUCUAAUACCUCCCUGAAACUUCGAAGGAAACCUCGGGAAAGUGAUUUUGAAACGAUUAAAUUGAUUAGCAAUGGAGCCUAUGGGGCAGUCUACUUUGUUCGGCAUAAAGAAUCCCGGCAGAGGUUUGCCAUGAAGAAGAUUAAUAAACAGAACCUCAUCCUUCGAAACCAGAUCCAGCAGGCCUUUGUGGAGCGGGAUAUCCUGACUUUUGCAGAAAACCCCUUUGUUGUCAGCAUGUAUUGCUCCUUUGAAACAAGGCGCCACUUGUGCAUGGUCAUGGAAUAUGUGGAAGGGGGAGACUGUGCUACUUUAAUGAAAAACAUGGGUCCUCUCCCUGUUGAUAUGGCCAGAAUGUACUUUGCUGAGACGGUCUUGGCCUUGGAAUAUUUACAUAAUUAUGGAAUUGUACACAGGGAUUUGAAACCAGACAACUUGUUGGUUACCUCCAUGGGGCACAUAAAGCUGACAGAUUUUGGAUUAUCUAAGGUGGGACUAAUGAGCAUGACUACCAACCUUUACGAGGGUCAUAUUGAGAAGGAUGCUCGAGAGUUCCUGGAUAAACAGGUCUGUGGCACACCUGAAUACAUUGCACCAGAAGUCAUUCUGAGGCAGGGUUAUGGAAAGCCGGUGGACUGGUGGGCCAUGGGGAUUAUCCUCUAUGAAUUUCUGGUUGGAUGCGUGCCAUUCUUUGGGGAUACUCCAGAAGAGCUAUUUGGACAAGUCAUCAGUGAUGAGAUCAACUGGCCUGAGAAGGAUGAGGCACCCCCACCUGAUGCCCAGGAUCUGAUUACCUUACUCCUCAGGCAGAAUCCCCUGGAGAGGCUGGGGACAGGUGGUGCAUAUGAAGUCAAACAGCAUCGAUUCUUCCGUUCUUUAGACUGGAACAGUUUGCUGAGACAGAAGGCAGAAUUUAUUCCCCAACUGGAAUCUGAGGAUGACACAAGUUAUUUUGAUACUCGGUCUGAGAAGUAUCAUCAUAUGGAAACGGAGGAAGAAGAUGACACAAAUGAUGAAGACUUUAAUGUGGAAAUAAGGCAGUUUUCUUCAUGUUCACACAGGUUUUCAAAAGUUUUCAGCAGUAUAGAUCGAAUCACUCAGAAUUCAGCAGAAGAGAAGGAAGACUCUGGGGACAAAACCAAAAGCACAACCUUGCCAUCCACAGAAACACUGAGCUGGAGUUCAGAAUAUUCUGAAAUGCAACAGCUAUCAACAUCCAACUCUUCAGAUACUGAAAGCAACAGACAUAAACUCAGUUCUGGCCUACUUCCCAAACUGGCUAUUUCAACAGAGGGAGAGCAAGAUGAAGCUGCCUCCUGCCCCGGAGACCCCCAUGAGGAGCCAGGAAAGCCAGCCCUUCCUCCUGAAGAGUGUGCCCAGGAGGAGCCUGAGGUCACCACCCCAGCCAGCACCAUCAGCAGCUCCACCCUGUCAGUUGGCAGUUUUUCAGAGCACUUGGAUCAGAUAAAUGGACGAAGCGAGUGUGUGGACAGUACAGACAAUUCCUCAAAGCCAUCCAGUGAACCCGCUUCUCACAUGGCUCGGCAGCGAUUAGAAAGCACAGAAAAAAAGAAAAUCUCGGGGAAAGUCACAAAGUCCCUCUCUGCCAGUGCUCUUUCCCUCAUGAUCCCAGGAGAUAUGUUUGCUGUUUCCCCUCUGGGAAGUCCAAUGUCUCCCCAUUCCCUGUCCUCGGACCCUUCUUCUUCACGAGAUUCCUCUCCCAGUCGAGAUUCCUCAGCAGCUUCUGCCAGUCCACAUCAGCCGAUUGUGAUCCACAGUUCGGGGAAGAACUACGGCUUUACCAUCCGAGCCAUCCGGGUAUACGUGGGAGACAGUGACAUCUAUACAGUGCACCAUAUCGUCUGGAAUGUAGAAGAAGGGAGUCCGGCAUGCCAGGCAGGACUGAAGGCUGGAGAUCUUAUCACACACAUCAAUGGAGAACCAGUGCAUGGACUCGUCCACACAGAAGUUAUAGAGCUCCUACUGAAGAGUGGGAAUAAGGUAUCAAUCACUACUACCCCAUUUGAAAACACAUCAAUUAAAACUGGACCAGCCAGGAGAAACAGCUAUAAGAGCCGGAUGGUGAGGCGGAGCAAGAAAUCCAAGAAGAAAGAAAGUCUCGAAAGGAGGAGAUCUCUUUUCAAAAAGCUAGCCAAGCAGCCUUCUCCUUUACUCCACACCAGCCGAAGUUUCUCCUGCUUGAACAGAUCCCUGUCGUCGGGUGAGAGCCUCCCAGGUUCCCCCACUCAUAGCUUGUCUCCCCGGUCUCCAACACCAAGCUGCCGCUCCACCCCUGACUUCCCAUCUGGUACUAAUUCCUCCCAGAGCAGCUCCCCUAGUUCUAGUGCCCCCAAUUCCCCGGCAGGGUCCGGGCACAUCCGGCCCAGCACUCUCCAUGGUCUUGCACCCAAACUCGGCGGACAGCGGUACCGGUCCGGAAGGCGAAAGUCGGCCGGCAACAUCCCACUGUCCCCGCUGGCCCGGACGCCCUCUCCAACUCCGCAACCCACCUCCCCGCAGCGGUCACCAUCCCCUCUUCUGGGGCACUCACUGGGCAAUUCCAAGAUCGCGCAAGCCUUUCCCAGCAAGAUGCACUCCCCGCCCACCAUCGUCAGACACAUCGUGAGGCCCAAGAGUGCGGAACCCCCCAGGUCCCCGCUGCUCAAGCGCGUGCAGUCCGAGGAGAAGCUGUCGCCCUCUUACGGCAGUGACAAGAAGCACCUGUGCUCCCGCAAGCACAGCCUGGAGGUGACCCAAGAGGAGGUGCAGCGGGAGCAGUCCCAGCGGGAGGCGCCGCUGCAGAGCCUGGACGAGAACGUGUGCGACGUGCCGCCGCUCAGCCGUGCCCGGCCCGUGGAGCAAGGCUGCCUGAAACGACCCGUCUCCCGGAAGCUGGGCCGCCAGGAGUCUGUGGACGACCUGGACCGCGACAAGCUGAAGGCCAAGGUGGUGGUGAAGAAGCCAGACGGCUUCCCAGAGAAACCGGAAUCCCACCAGAAAUCCCAUGGACCCGGGUGUGAUUUGGAAAACUUUGCUCUGUUUAAGUUGGAAGAGAGAGAGAAGAAAAUCUAUCCGAAGGCUGUGGAAAGGUCAAGUCCUUUUGAAAACAAAGGUUCUAUGCAGGAGGCACCACCGCUGGGCAGCCUGCUGAAGGACGCUCUUCACAAGCAGGCCAGCGCGCGCGCCAGCGAGGGUGCGACGUCGGACGGCCCGGUGCCUGCGGAGCACGGCCAGGGUGGCGGGGACUUCAGACGGGCCCCCACUCCUGGCACCCUCCAGGAUGGUCUCUGCCACUCCCUGGACAGGGGCAUCUCUGGGAAGGGGGAAGGCACGGAGAAGGCCUCCCAGGCCAAGGAGCUUCUCCGAUGUGAGAAGUUAGACAGCAAGCUGGCCAACAUCGAUUACCUCCGAAAGAAAAUGUCACUUGAGGACAAAGAUGACAACCUCUGCCCUGUGCUGAAGCCCAAGAUGACAGCUAGCGCCCACGAAUGCCUGCCAGGGAACCCAGUCCGACCCAUGGGUGGGCAGCAGGAGCCCCCGCCAGCUUCUGAAAGCCGAGCUUUUGUCAGCAGCACCCAUGCAGCUCAGAUGAGCGCCGUCUCUUUUGUUCCCCUCAAGGCCUUAACAGGCCGGGUGGACAGUGGAACGGAGAAGCCUGGCUUGGUUGCUCCUGAGUCCCCUGUUAGGAAGAGCCCCUCCGAGUAUAAGCUGGAAGGUAGGUCUGUCUCAUGCCUGAAGCCGAUUGAGGGCACUCUGGACAUUGCUCUCCUGUCCGGACCUCAGGCCUCCAAGACAGAACUGCCUUCCCCGGAGUCUGCACAGAGCCCCAGCCCAAGUGGUGACGUGAGGCCCUCUGUGCCACCAGCUCUCCCAAGCAGCAGUGGGAAAAAGAGUGAUACCACCAGUGCAAGAGAGCUUUCUCCUUCCAGCUUAAAGAUGAAUAAAUCCUACCUGCUUGAGCCUCGGUUCCUGCCCCCCAGCCGGGGUCUCCAGAAUUCAUCAGCAGUUUCCCUGCCUGACCCAGAGUUAAAGAGGGACAGGAAAGGUCCCCAUCCUACUGCCAGGAGCCCCGCAACAGUCAUGGAAAGCAAUCCCCAACAGAGAGAGGGCAGCUUCCCUAAAUACCAAGACCACACCACCGACCCCAAGAUUCUGACCUGCCUGGGGCAGAAUCUCCACAGUGCUGACCUGGCCAGGCCACGCUGCCCACUCCCACGUGAAGCUUCCACCUCAAGGGAGAAGCCAGGCCUGAGGGAAUCAUCUGAAAGAGGCCCUCCCACAGCCAGAAGCGAACGCUCUGCUGCGAGGGCUGACACACGCAGAGAGCCCUCCAUGGAACUGUGCUUUCCAGAAACUGCGAAAACCAGCGACAACUCCAAAAAUCUCCUCUCUGUGGGAAGGACCCACCCAGAUUUCUAUACACAGGCCCAGGCUGUGGAGAAAGCAUGGGCACCGAGCGGGAAAACGAACCACAAAGAUGGCCCAGAUGAGGCGAGGCCCCUGCCCAGAGACAACUCCUUUCUGCACUCAGCUGGAAUUCCCUGUGAGAAGGAGCUGGGCACGGUGAAGCAUGGCGUGGAACCCAAGCCCGAAGCCCUUCCUGCCAGGCGGUCUCUGCAGCCACCUGGAAUUGAGAGUGAGAAGAGUGAAAAGCUCUCAAGUUUCCCAUCUUUGCAGAAAGAUGGUGCCAAGGAACCUGAAAGGAAGGAGCAGCCUCUACAAAGGCAUCCCAGCAGCAUCCCUCUGCCCCCUCUGACUGCCAAAGACCUGCCCAGCCCAGCUGCCAGGCAGCAUUGCAGUUCCCCAAGCCACACUUCUGGCAGAGAGCCAGGGGCCAAGCCCAGCACUGCAGAGCCCAGCCCGAGCCCCCAGGACCCUCCCAAGCCUGUUGCUGCGCACAGUGAAAGUAGCAGCCACAAGCCCCGGCCUGGCCCUGACCUGGGCCCUCCAAAGUCUAAGCACCCCGACCGGUCCCUCUCCUCUCAGAAACCAAGUGUCGGGGCCACAAAGGCCAAAGAGCCUGCCACUCAGUCCCUCGGUGGCUCUAGCAGAGAGGGGAAGGGCCACAGUAAGAGUGGGCCCGAUGUGUUUCCUGCUACCCCAGGCUCCCAGAACAAAGCCAGCGAUGGGAUUGGCCAGGGAGAAAGUGGGCCCUCUGUCCCACUGCACACUGACAGGGGUCCUCUAGAUUCCAAGCCACAACCCACCAGUGGUGGGCGGCCCCUGGAGGUGCUGGAGAAGCCUGUGCAUUUGCCAAGGCCGGGACACCCAGGGCCUGGUGAGCCAGCGGACCAGAAACUGUCCACUGUUGGUGAAAAGCAAACCCUGUCUCCAAAGCACCCCAAACCAUCCACUGUGAAAGAUUGCCCCACCCUGUGCAAACAGACAGACAACAGACAGACAGACAAAAGCCCGAGUCAGCCGGCCGCCAACACCGACAGAAGGGCGGAAGGGAAGAAAUGCACUGAAGCACUUUAUGCUCCAGCAGAGGGCGACAAGCUCGAGGCCGGCCUUUUCUUUGCGCACAGCGAGGCCCGGUUGAAAGGCGCGGAUCGGCCAGCCGCGGGGGUGGGGAAGGGCUUCCCCGAGGCCAGAGGGAAAGGGCCCGGUCCCCAGAAGCCACCGACGGAGGCAGACAAGCCCAAUGGCAUGAAACGGUCCCCCUCAGCCACCGGGCAGAGUUCUUUCCGAUCCGCGGCCCUCCCGGAAAAGUCUCUGAGCUGCUCCUCCAGCUUCUCUGAAACCAGGGCCGGAGUUAGAGAGGCCUCUGCAGCCAGCAGCGACACCUCUUCUGCCAAGGCCGCCGGGGGCGUGCUGGAGCCUCCAGCCCCCAGCAACAGGGACCAUAGGAAGGCUCAGCCUGCUGGGGAGGGCCGAACCCACAUGACAAAGAGUGACUCCCUGCCCUCCUUCCGGGUGUCCACCCUGCCUCUGGAGUCACACCACCCCGACCCAAACACCAUGGGCGGAGCCAGCCACCGGGACAGGGCUCUCUCGGCGACUGCCACCGUAGGGGAAACCAAAGGGAAGGACCCUGCCCUAGCCCAGCCUCCCCCAGCUAGGAAACAGAACGUGGGCAGAGACGUGACCAAGCCAUCCCCAGCCCCAAACACUGACCGCCCCAUCUCCCUUUCUAAUGAGAAGGACUUUGUGGUACGGCAGAGACGGGGGAAAGAGAGUUCGCGUAGCAGUCCUCACAAAAAGGCCUUGUAACGGGGAGAGCCCCGGGGCAGGACUGUGGAGACCCGUCCUGAACGGGCGACUGUGUCUUGACUACCUUUCAAAACCAGCACUGUGUGGGAAUGCCCGCCAGGCAGAGCUUGAAGCCUCAUUGAGACAGGAGAGAGAAAGACGAAGAGGGGACCUUCUUCCAGAUGCCUUCCCAGUUGUAACCGGUAAAACUGUUACCAGAUAGUGUUUGUACCAAAAAAACAAAAAUUACCUUUACAGUCGAGGGUUGUUGAGGAAAACGAUUUUCUCUGUAAAUAUAUAGCAUCGUGUUUGGUUUGGGAUGUAGAGUCUAUACCUGGCUGCUGAUUGCGUCGUUUACUACAGCUUUUUUUAAAUAAGAUUUUUGCUUUACCAUUUAUCAUAAUGUAGUAAUGAAGCGAAGUGGUCAAAAUUGGGUGUGUGUGAACAGGGAUACACCCAUAUUCGUGUAUAUACACAUCCACCUACAUGUUUUGGUCUGUGGUUUAAGAGACUAUUUCAAGGUUCCAUUUUUAUAAGCUAAAACAUUCUAAGUAAAGAUGGGAGAAAGCCCUAAACACAGUAGAUUGUGAGUUUUUAUGUGCAUUUUAACCAGAGUUUCUGAUAGUACUGUAUCUGGCUACCUAUAUUUCCAGAUCUAAAGCAAGAACUACUCUAAGUACUGCAUUUGGAAUCCUCCUCCAUUAGGAAUGGCCAGGACAAGUGGAGCUAGCCAUUUUCAUUACACGGCCAUCCCAAUGGACACCGGAUCCCUGGUCCAACUGUCUAAAAGGCCAGUUGUUCCUUUCUGUGGAUGGGAAUGUCUGGCCUUCACCUGAGGUGGAGCGGGGACUAUAAACACACAUCAGCUUUCUUUUCCUUCUUUUCAAACUCUUAAACUCAGGCCUUUAUGCUGUGAGUGACUAGUCCAAGAAGCACACAUUUUGUAGUAGUCCUGCACCAGCCCUGCUCUUUAAUAAAAAGGAAAAUUACUGGCUGCACCCAAAUCUUCUAGUACUUGAGUAAUAAGCAUCAGGCAUUGGAAGAGGUUUUAAAUUUGCUUUUUUGAGGAAAAGAACUGGGGGUGGAUUUUGGCAUCGUAGCAUAUGGAUUAAGGAAUAAUCAGGACAUCAGAUACAUUUUAAUACAUAGCUGGGGCCUUAUGUUGUAGACGAAGCUUGCUGUUUUUAGCAAGUUCCUGGGUUUCACAUUCAUUUCUGAUGCAUCUAGUAGCUCCACACAUUUCAUAACCUGAUCUCUUUAUUUGUAUGCAAAAAAUACUGUCUUAAUAACAGCAGCAUUUUUGUAACAAAGAGACUCGCUGGAGCUAUUUGGUGCUUGAAUGUGACCAUCCUUUUUACUUUUGCUAAGCCUUAUUUAAAUUUUGUAUACCGUGGAAUAUGUAGAAUUUGUCAAAUCAUUUUAGUGCUGAAGGUUUUUGAUUUUUUGUUUUUGUUUUUGUUGUUGCAGUUUCUUUGGUGGCUUGUUUUGUAUUGUAAGAUGGCACUUGCUGAUAUAAGUACUAAGGCACUAAGAGAAAAUACAGAUAAGUAUUUAUAAGAUGCUUGGGAACCAUAGCAGAAUUUUUUGUUUGGUUUUGUAAGAGAAAAAAAUUACCAAUAAAUAACUAAUCUAGCACCCAAAAUCUCUUGGGGAUGUCUUAGUAUCUUCAGGCUAUAAAAUUGUUCAUCUAAGCAUAGCAUCAUCUUACGGCCUUAUGGAUUGUAAAUCUUCUAGUGAGGCGGUGAACUCCACUCUGAAAACAAAGGCAUAACUUAACCGACUGCUCGGUUGUCCUUCGUUGUAAAAUGAAUUGGCAUUGGGAAAAAGGAAAAAAACAAACAAAAAAAGAAAAAGUCUCCUGCUUGCCCCUAAUUUUUUUUCCAUAUGUUUUAGCCAUUCCCCAUAACUACAUUGUGAAGCUGUAAAAAAAUAUAUAUAUACUUUACAAGACUUUAAGUGGAUUUCAAAACUGGUCUCAACGUUUAUAAUACAUAUCUGUGUUUGGCAGUUGUCAUAACCCAGUCCUACAUUCAGCCAUCGGGACAGGUCUAUCGGGGAGGUAGUUCAUGAUUUACAAGCCUUUGCUUUUUAACUGUCCAAUUUCCUUUAAAGCACAACUAGCUAUUUGUUUACAAAUGAUAUUUUUAUGUCUAUUUUGUAUAGUGUAUCAUUUUUGCCAAAUACCUUUUUCAUUAUGAAUGAGUAAAGAGUACUUAAGGUUGCAUUCGUGUAUUACAUGUUUGUUGUUGUAAACGUCUCCAAUCAGCUGGUAGAAAUUCUCCUCAUUGUGUUCUGUUUGGUCAGUCUCUGUGUGAUUGUAGGAUGUGCUCCUUGGUAGUACUCCCAGCUGUAGAUUUACCAGCCUAAAAGUUUGUUAGGAUCUGUGCAAUAAAGUGUUUGCAGUCUUAUUUUCUCUAAGAAAUUCCUUAUGGAUGUCAUAAUUGUUGUAUAUUGAACAAAAUAUUUAUACUUAUGCAGUUGCAUAACAUUGAAAUAAAAAUUUAGCAUGAAAAGA